UCCACGUCGAAACAUUCUACUUGACGCGCCUAACCCUUAGUCCGACGACUAGCUCCUUCGAUUAAAUUAGCAACACCCUAAGGCGAGUCAACCAAAUGUCAAACCACCAAACUUUUCCACAAUUUACUCGAUUACCCACGGAGAUUAGGCGGUUGAUUUGGAUUCACGCCCUCCCUAGAGGCCGUAUCCAACUCUUCGCCAAGAAUGUGCCGUGGGAGAACUGGCGUCUUCUACCACCUGUAAUUGCUCAUGUCUGUCAAGAGUCGCGAGAAGUUGCUAUGAACCAUGCGGUCGUACGAGGAUUCCCAACUGCCGAGGAUACUCAGACUACCACCUGGUUCAUCGGGUCUCGCGAUAUCCUGGAGCUUCACAGCGGUUAUCCCUAUCCAUUAUCGAAUCCGGAACCAUUCUUCGCUGCGGUUGAGAGAAUGGCAAUCAACGCGAAUGACUUCGAGGGUGAUAUCGAAGUCGUCAUAAGGGAUCUUAUCGAAGGUCAUCGUUUUCACAGUGUGAAGGUGGUCUAUCUCAUAGUUGAACAGAUCGAGACUGCAUAUUGGCCAAGGUUCCGGCCAGACAUAACCGAGCAAGAUAAAGGCAAAGGAACCAUACUUGACCUGUCUAGUGAGGAAGACCAAAGAAAGAUAGAGGAUUACAAGACGUGGGCGCGUUUUCAGGAAAUGUCACCGGUGUUUCCUCGACACGAAGAUGUGGCACUUGCCCUCAGUUCAAGUUUGGAAGUAGUGAUAUUGCAUGAGAUACGUCUUUACCACGAGCGAUUGUUACAGGCCGGAUACACUGAGGGGGAUGGCAGAGUAUCGCUUCCGACAUCUACACCUAUACCUCCUGAUGAUCCUUGGAUUAUUCAGCAACGAAAACGAUUGCCCGAAUUUCGACCGGCGUUAUUGAUUCUUGGAUGGCGGUAACUGGGAUGAAUGUGAAUAAUAUGGAUAUGAAUGAAAUAUGCCUAUCUAGGUGCCUACCUCCUGAGUCCCGACUCCAGACGCAUCCAAUAGACCAAGGGAUGCAUCCAUAUGCAUCGUCUGAUGUGAUUGCCAAUUCACGACUAGAAUGCGUUAUCCGUACCUAUCAUUUAUAUAGUAGUGCCUAUACUAGGCAGAAGUACAUACUUACCUAGGCUUCUAUACAAACCUCUACAAUC